UCCCGCACCCUGGACGGGCGACGCCGGGCGAUCUGGAGCGCGAGAAUUAAGGGGGUGGGAAGGUGUGAGCCGCAAACCAGAGGAGGGCGGGAAGGAGGAAGAAGCCCCAGAGGCGGUCUGGGGGACAGGGGGUCCCGCCGGCAGAGGACCGAGUGGCGGGCUGACUGACGGCGGCAGCCUCUGGUCGGGACGCGCGGAACAGAGAGGAGCCAUGGCCUCCGGUGGGUAUAACCCAUAUAUAGAGAUAAUUGAACAACCGAGGCAGAGGGGAAUGCGUUUUAGAUACAAAUGUGAAGGGCGAUCAGCAGGCAGCAUUCCAGGGGAGCACAGCACAGAGAACAACCGAACAUACCCAUCUAUCCAGAUUAUGAACUAUUACGGAAAAGGGAAAGUGAGAAUUACAUUAGUAACAAAGAAUGAACCAUUUAAACCUCAUCCUCAUGAUUUAGUAGGAAAAGACUGCCGAGAUGGCUACUAUGAAGCAGAAUUUGGACAAGAACGCAGGCCUUUAUUCUUUCAAAAUUUGGGUAUUCGAUGUGUAAAGAAAAAAGAAGUAAAAGAAGCUAUUAUUUCAAGAAUAAGGGCGGGAAUCAAUCCUUUCAAAGUACCUGAACCACAGCUGCUUGAUACUGAAGAUUGCGACCUCAAUGUGGUGAGAUUAUGUUUUCAAGUUUUCCUCUAUGAUGAACAUGGUAAUUUGACGACUACUCUACCUCCUGUUGUCUCUAAUCCAAUUUAUGACAACCGUGCUCCUAAUACUGCAGAAUUAAGGAUUUGUCGUGUAAACAAGAACUGUGGAAGUGUCAGAGGAGGAGAUGAAAUAUUUCUACUCUGUGACAAAGUUCAGAAAGAUGACAUAGAAGUUCGGUUUGUAUUGAAUGAUUGGGAAGCAAAAGGCAUCUUUUCACAAGCUGAUGUACACCGUCAAGUAGCCAUUGUUUUCAAGACUCCACCAUAUUGCAAAGCUAUAACGGACCCAGUAACAGUGAAAAUGCAGUUGCGGAGACCUUCUGACCAGGAAGUUAGUGAAUCUAUGGAUUUUAGAUAUCUGCCAGAUGAAAAAGAUACUUAUGGCAAUAAAGCAAAGAAACAAAAAACAACUCUACUUUUCCAGAAACUAUUGGAGAAUUGUGCAGUUAAUUUUCCUGAAAGACCGAUACCUGUUCCCCUAGGACCAACUGGAGAAGGAAGAUUCAUUAAAAAAGAAUCAAACUUGUUUUCUCAUGGUGCAGUUUUGACAGAAAUGACCGGGCCUUCAGGAGUUUCGAGUCAAGCAGAACCCUACUAUUCCCCACCUGUGUCCAUCUCGAGAGCAUUGUCACAUCAUGUUUCAGCCGUGCCCUCAAUGGUGCCUUCGCCUUCUUCAAGCUGGUCCUCACUCAGUACAAAUCUGAGUAAUUUUUCCACAGGGACACUUCCCUCUAAUUCACAGGGUAUCUCAUCAUUCCUGGACAUGUCUGCUGGGAGUGAAGUGAAUGAUUCUCCUGCUUGCAUGUAUAACAGUACUAAUGACAUAGGCAGAAUGGAAACAUCAUCCAUGUCACAAGCUGAUUUAUAUGGCAUUUCUGAUGCCAACAUGCUGCAGAAUUGUUCUGUGACUAUGAUAACGCCCAGUAAUGACAGCAUGAGGGAGUGUGAUAAUUCAAGACUUGUGAGAAUGAAUAUUGAAAGCCCCUCAUGUAACUCAUUGUUAGACCCAGGAGACUUGAGACAGCUCCAUCAGAGGUCCUCUCCCAGCAUGUCAGCAGGCAACAGUUCCAGCACUACUGCUUUUUGUUCACAAUCAGAUGCAUUUGAGGGAUCUGACUUCAGGUGUGCAGAUAACAGCAUGAUAAAUGAGUCAGGGCCUUCAAAUGGUACUAAUCCAAACAGUCAUGGUUUUGUUCAAAGUCAGUAUUCAGGUAUUGGCACUAUGCAGAAUGAGCAAUUGAGCGACUCAUAUGCAUUUGAAUUUUUUCAAGUUAACUAGUAAGAUUUAAAUAAUGGUUCAAGCUUUAAAUCCUUUUAAAUGUUUGCAACCGUUUUGAUAUUUCCUACAUAGAUGCAGCCUUUUCUGUUUCCCUGACCAUAUGUUGGGGACUUCUUUAACCGGCCAUUUUGGCUCUGGAGCUCCUCAGAGAAUUGAAAGAGAGGGAUGAACUCAUUUCCCAACUUCAGGAAGAGCUUGGAAAAGUCCAGAAAACUUGUCCUGGCCAGUGUUGUUCAGUGUUUAGAGCAUCAGCCUGAGCACCAAAGGGUCAUGAGUUCAAUACCCAGUCAGGGGCACGUA